CUACAAUCAAGCCGCUCCGCCGCAUUAUGUCUGAACAGACCACCGUCUUCCUUACUGGAGCUACAGGUUACCUUGGAGGCGCUACGUUACAACUACUACUGCACAAUCCGACGCUAUCCAUCACCGUACUUGUUCGCGGCGACGAGAAGGCGGAGAAGCUCAAGCAGCUUGGUUUGAAAGUUGUCCUGGGAUGUCCUGAUGAUACGGACCUCAUAGAGGUGGAGGGUGCGAAGGCGGAUGUUAUACUUCAGAAUGCCGCAUACGACCACAUUGACGGGGUUAAUGCGCCCCUGAAAGGCGCGAAGGCUCGCUAUGAACGUACGGGCAAGUAG